GAAGAGUAAUCUCUCCAGUCAAAUACAACGCAAAGUGGAUAAUUGCAGCUGACCAUUAUACCAAAUAAGGGGAGAAUGAAAGUUGAUAAAUAGAGGCUAUUAUUUUGCAUAAGCUGUAUAGGUUCAAAAUCCAAAACUCCAACUGGUUUAGUCACGAUAACGGAAGAUAUGGCAAGCUCCGGCAACUCACCUUUUAGAGUAACCUCCAUCGCUGCAGGGGAAGCACAUACUCUCCUUCUCACUGAGGAUGGACGUGUAUAUUCUUGGGGAAGAGGAACAUUAGGAAGACUUGGUUUGGGUUCAGAACAAGACCAACUUUUUCCAGCUCAAAUCAAGUUUGGAUCACAAGACUCUGUUAGAAUAGUGGAAAUUGCUGCUGGUGCAUAUCAUAGUCUAGCUCUUGCAGAUGAUGGAUCUGUUUGGUGCUGGGGUUACAAUUUAUAUGGUCAACUUGGUAUCAUCAAUGAAGAGGAUUCCCACAAUCCAAAAUAUACAGACGGAUAUUAUUCCGUUAUUCCUUGCUUGUUGAACAAGUUUCUUGAGUUGCAUCCUCCAGAUUCUUCAACCUCAUUGAUAGAAGAAGCAGAAGCUAAACCACCACUAAAGAUAGUUUCUGUCAAAGCAGGAGGAAUGAUGUCACUUUCUAUUGAUAAUCUUGGAGCCCUAUGGAUGUGGGGAAACUGUCCUAAUCAAAGCAAAGAUGGUAUAUUCUCAAUAGUAAGCAAUUUCACUCCAACUCCGGUUUGGGAUUUUCAUGGUCACAUUGUGGUAAAAGUUGCAUGUGGAAAUGAACACAUUAUAGCACUAGUUAGUGUUGGAGAAUCAUACAAUGGUGAACAAGAUGAUCUCAUUUGUUACUCUUGGGGGAACAACAAUCAUGGUCAAUUAGGUUUGGGUGAUGAAGAGAAUAGACCAAAUCCAGAAAUUGUAAAAACAUUUGAUCAAAAUUCUCAUUGGUCAAUUUAUGAAAUAGCAUGUGGUGCUUUUCACACUGCCUUGUUAACUCAUAGAAAAAAAAGGCCUAAUGACACAUUAGAAUUAGAAAGUGUGUGUUGGACAUUUGGUCAUGGUGAUAAUGGACAACUUGGUCAUGGAACAAUACAAAGUACAUCAAUUCCUGAACCUGUUCAAGAAUUGCCACAGUUUGUGAACCUUGUUUCUGUUGACUGUGGUUUGUUUCAUACUUGUGUUGUUUCGUCGGACGGGGAUGUUUGGUCGUGGGGAAUGGAGAAGGGGCUUGGAUUAUAUCCAGAUGCACGAGUUGUUGGUGAAUAUUCAAGCGACGCUCUUUCUCCGCUUGCUGUAAGUAAUCCUUGCGAGGAUAAAUUUUUGGAACCGGUUCAAGUCGCAUGUGGCGCGGCUCAUACGGUUAUUGUUGCACAAGAGGGUUAUAAAGUUUGGUCUUUAGGAAGAGGAAGAAGUGGAGUCCUUGGAAACGGUAAGGUAAUGGAUUGUUACACUUCUACCUUAGUGCUAUGGCCUCCAUUGGUGGAAGAUUUUAAUAUCAAACAAGAGGAACCGUCGAGUUCGCGCGAGCAAGAAAAGGGAAAGAAGAAAACUGAAGGAGUAACAGAAAACAUAUGAGAAAUAUUCAUCAGUAGUGUAUAUAAAAGUAAAAAUUACACCAUUGUUAUCAAAGUAUAGCACAUUCAGGACAAUAAGCUGAUUAUGGCCUAAUUAUUUGUUGUAUCUAGUUUCUAUUGGGUGAUUGAGUUCUUUUAGGUGAUUGAAUUUGCAGAAAAAUUGAAUACAAAUAGUUCACAAAUAUCAUGUAAAUUCUGGUAUGAUGUAUUUUGCGGCUGUGUUCA